AUAUAUAUAUAUAUAUAUAUAUAUAUAUAUAUAUGAUUUAUUUUUGUUACAAAACACACAAUUACCUUAGAAUAUGUGAUUAUUGUUAAUUUUUUUUUUUUUUUUUAAAUAAAAAUUAAAAACAGUGGGGAAACUGGGAGGGUGGCACCCUAUCGCCCUCUACUGGCCAGCCGCCACUGGAGCACACCUUGGUGUUUCCUGAUGACGUAUCUCCUAGGCAACCGGGGCGGGACCAAGGCAUCAAGGCAAGGUUCCUUGACAUUGAGAAACACUGUGGGGCUCCUGGGUAAAAUUCUAUUGGUGGACUUGACAAAAGCAGAAUGUUCUCAAAACUGUGUAUUCUCUUCCAUCUGGAGUCAAACUAACACUAAAACAUCACCAUAGCGACAGUCAGACAUGGUGGUGGUAGUGUGAUGGUCUGUGGCUGCUUCAGGACCUGGACCACCUGCUGUAAGUGAUGGGACCGUGAAUGCUGCUCUCCAGCAAAACACCCUGAAGGACAACAUCUGACUUUUGAUCUUAAAGUCACACUCGAUGAGUUUCUCUCUCCUAGUGGUUGAAAGAGGAAUUACAACGGUCAUAAAUGACCCUGUUGCAUCCUGAUGUAGCUAGUACUAACAAUGAGCUAAUGCUAUCACAAGCCAGCUGAUACUAAAAUAAACCACAAAGUACAAAGAUCCACACUGUUGGACAAAAAGUAUUUCUUUAGCUCCCUCAAACUGGUGUAGGCUGCGCCGAUGUCCACUCUGCUCUGUUGUUUGCAUCCAAAGACAAUACUUUUACUUCCAGGCUCCACCAUGAUGUCCAGAUAUAAACAAAUCAAAAUUCUUGCUUUUCUUGUACUUUUUGGUGGUUGGUGAAUUGUAAAAGUUAACUGCUAGCCUUUAUUAGCUUUAUUAGCUCCUGUCACAGUAAACCGCUAUUGCUGUAAAGCAGGUAGAGAGCUCCUACUAGUGUACCUACCCAAAGCUUAGCUAAACUGUUAACUGUCGUUUCUGGUCGUCAGAGGGACGAAGUUUCUGGCUCAAGAACAACUGAAACAAGUCUGAAACCAGAAAGUUGUUCCAGGGCAUUCAUGCUGGAAAACACUCCAGUGUGGCUGAACGCAUAUAUUGCUGCCUCAGGAUUUUUCUUUCGGUACAUGCCUCACGAUACGAUCAUAUCACAUAUGAAUAAGAUAAAUUGCACUAAUUUGCCAAUAAGAUAUAUAAAUAUAUACUUUUUUUGCCCUUAAAUGACGUCAUACAGCCAGUUAAAAUCAACUGCUUCUAAAUGUCUAACAGUGACACUCAGUGCAAAGUCUAUGUAAAAGCAAAUGUCUUACAAGUGCUUUAGUUACACUCUUAUAGCAAAGUCCAUGUAUACAAUCGUUGAAGUGCCUUACAAUGACAUAGUUUUAGUGCAACUUCCGCCCGGCUUCUGUCAACAGACAACGUGUUUUUGUUUGCAGAAGCCGGGCGGCUCUUGCGUUUUCCACCGCUGAGUUAUAUUCAUGCGCCAUGCAGCGGCGGGUUACUGCAGUGCUUUGUUGUAAUAUAGUCCCAAGUCUAAAUCGGCUCCUGCAAAUCCUUCUUGUUACCUCUUACUUUCAUUUGCAGUCGACAUGAUCAUUGAGCUCAACGAGAAUAAUUGGUGUCAUUAUUGAGUCUUUUGCAACCAGAAUGCUACUAGUUCCCAUUCACUUCCAUUGUUUAUGCUAGGCAAAGGCAGACGGACGGCUGCCAGAACAGGAGGAUUACUGCGCUGGUCACAAAAUGCUUUUUCGCCCUAAUCUAACUCUGGGAAAUGUGGUCAUAGACAAAAGUUCACUUUGAGGUGGAGUUAGGGCUGGGCGAUAUGACGAUUUUAGACCGUUUUACGAUCUACACAUCUGACGGUCUGUCAUUUUUGAGAGACCUUUUUAUCACGAUUCACAGCUCUGCUGUUGAAUUUCUGCCUCUGAAUGAAAAGGGAACUUACCCCAGUCGAAUGACACGCCUUUGUUUGACCCUUAACCAAUCAAAGUGAGUCAUAGUAAUAUAUUAGUGCCCCGCUUGUUUUCACCUGUGUGUGAACUGUGAACAAUCAUGGCUUCGGCUGCGGCUGGGAGCGACAACGAGGUUUUCAUUCCGAAGACCGAGCACCGAUUCACGUCAUUUCAAACGGUGCCUCGUUUCGGUAGCCGUCCUUCAUAACGAGAACUUGCCAAGAAAGCUGUGCAUACGCAAGAGCAUUAUGUCGUCGGUCCCUGCGAGCGAGUUGUAAACAGAGCAGCAUGGUAGAAAGAAGAACGCACGCUAACGCUUGGGUCCACUUCACUAAAUGUGAUGGGUACCCAUCCCUAUCCAUUAUAUGGAACUGGUUUGGUUUUUCACCAGAUGACAAAGAGCAGCGAAACGUCAUUUGCAAAGUUUGCAAGGAGAGCGUCAAGGCAAGUGAUGACAAUACCACAAACUUGUUUAAUCACUUGAAAAGAAGGCAUCCCAAACAAUACAAUGAGAGCCAGCUGGCAGCUAAAGCUAAAAAGCCUGCGGCUGCAGCGGCUAGUGCUUCUUCCAGGCAGCAAACGCUAACAGAAACACUCUCAAAACUCACUCCUUACGACAGAGACAGCAGACGAUGGAACAGCGUGACAGAUGCAGUGACGUACCACUUGGUUAAAGAUUUGUGUCCCGUGCGAACAGUAGGAGCGGGAUUUAAGAAAAUGAUAAAAACAUUGGAUCCGCGCUACAAGUUUUCCAGCCGCAAGUAUUUUUCGAACACCGCCAUUCCACUCAUGUACGCUGAAUGCAAAGUGAGCGCUGCAGAAAAUAUUCAGAAUGCGCAGUUUUUUGCUACCACAAGCGAUCUCUGGUCCAGCCGCACAUCAGAGCCGUAUUUGAGCUUAACUAUCCACUACAUGAGCAACUGGGAGCUGCAUAGUAUUUUGAACAAGUUAAUGUUUGCACAAUACGUUUGCAAUUGACAUGUUUGCACUUUAUGUUUACGAUUUUAAUUUAUGUUAAGUUACUUGAAAAAUGAGAAAAACUGAUUUUUGUAAUUGUUUCUCUCAGGGCUUUUAUCAUCUCUGGUGUGAGUUUAAAAUAUAAGUGUGUUAGCACUGUGUUGAUUAUCCCUAAUAUGAAUAAAUGUUUGUUUAUUCAAUGUUUCUCUUCUUUAAUACGCAAUUGAAGUUAUGCUAUUCAUGGAUAAAAAUUCGUGAUAAAAUCGAAAUCGUGAUCAAAUAUUGGAAAAAUCGUGAUAUUCUAUUUUUGCCAUAUCGCCCAGCCCUAGGUGGAGUAUCCCUUUGAAGGUCAGCUUGGUCUUAUGUUUGACUUCCCAGGUUAUGAUCUUGGUGCUUGUUUGCCCCAAGAGGCGCUCUCUCUCUCUUUCUUUUCUUUCUUGUAUGAAUGAAAAAUCUAAUUUUGCAGCUUCACCUCCUCUCCAUCGCUCCACCCAACUCUUAAUUCUUCUCUUGCACGAGUCUAGGGUCCCAAGGUUAGAAGUCUUCUGUUGCUCAUACAGCCGAGUCAGACAACAAAUCAAUGUUCUGGAGCACGUGUCAGACACGUGGCCCGCGAGAUAAAUAUCAAAAAUAUAUUAAAACUGACCUGCUGGCUGAUUUUACCACAAAUACUACAACUCCCAUGAUGCUUUGCGGCAUCAGCGCGGAGCCGACACGCCCCCUCCUUUGUGUUUUUUCCAGCAUCCGCUGCCGGUGUCUUCAGCUCCGCUGUCUCGGACAAACUACACUCCUCUCACUCAGCGCCGAGUUCACUCAGCUGUUUUCUGACGUUAAAGCCCAGAAACGGAGAUUUUAACCGCUCAGUAAUGUGUUCAUGACUGAAAGAUAAAGUUUUCCAACUAACUUCCAGACAGAGCUGAUAUAACUCCAGCGAGCAGCGACACGCUCAAACCAGCACGACUCUGUGACUGCUGUCGUGUUUCCUCCCCGACACACAACAACGUGGUCAAGCUGCUCAGACAUGUUCAUCAGCACAAACCUAUGUGAGCACCUGUUGUCAUCUAAUGUUGUCAUUAUUAUGAUGAAGAUGAACAAAACAACAGGAGUCUCCUCCUCAGCUCAGAUCAACCCCAUGAUGCAGGUAUCUGGCUGGAACAGGUGAGCAUCACAGUAAACCAGUGGAGCAAACUGAGCUUUAAAUAUGUUGGUUUUAUGCUCUUUUUCUGCUCCAAAACAUGAAAGUUAACAGGUGAGAUGUUGCAUUUUAUCAUUUAAGAUAAAAUGAUAUUUUUAUUUUGUUGUUGGCCCGUGAGAAAAGAUUUAACCUACAGUAAACAGGAAGUGGAAAGGCUGCAGAUGGAUGAAUAGAAUAGAAAAUCCCUUUAUUGUUCCUCAGUGGGGAAAGCUAGACGUCACAGCAGCGAUGACACGUAUUACAGGAGAAAAAAGGAGAAUAAAAAAUAAGAAAAAUGAAUAAACAAGAAAACAUAAAUCCUGAAUAGAUUUUUAAAAUGCUGAUUAUACCACAAGUAAUGAAUACCACUGAUGCAUUUUAUUUAAAAAUGACUUGCUCGUGUGUAAUUUGGUUAUUCCACAUUCAGUGUUAAUGCAGAAAUAAGUUUGUUUCCAAAUUAAAAGGUUCUAAAUUGCAUUUAUGUUGAUAAAGAAAAUAUUUGCUGUCACUUUUUCAAAAAAUAUUAAAUUUGGCCCGCGACUUUGUCCCAGAGUUUCAUUUCGGCCCCGUGUCAAUUUGAGUUUGACACCCCUGCUCUGGAGUAUGGAUGAAGGAGAGAUUAGAGGAAAAGCUGAAGGCAGACGGGGAGGAGAUGAGGCUGAAAGAAAAACAACAGAAGGUGUGCACCAUGACAAAGACAUGGUGUGAGCUGGAGAGAGUAAAGUCUGCAGUGUGAGGGAGAACCUGUGAGUCCCCACUGUGUUGAUCUCACACACCCCAGAGCUGAAGUGACAUCACUGUUUAUGAGAGCGUUUCCUGAUUUCUCCACACUCUGCACCAUUGGGCUAGCACCACAUAUGUCAGCGUGUCCUUAACCCCAUUACAGGGCCACGACCCCGUCUAAGGGCUCACCUGACACAGUCCUUCCUGAGGAUGUGUCCAUCAGCACUUCAGCUACCUCACCAUCACUCAGGGGGAAACCGUGUCUGCUGAGCUUCCGCCUGUCAGCAUGGAGAAGAGACGACAUGAGUCAGGGGAGCAGAAGUACAGCCAAAACGGACAGAUGACUGUGUUUCACUUAACAACCGUGUCCAAUGGAAGGUCCCGGUCCAUUCAGUAGGGUAGCGUAGCGUCCAUGAUCAUGUGACUUUUAGCUCUUGCUCCCCUUGAGAUUAAUUAUUGACCCUUUAAUGGAUGUUCUGUUGAGUCUUUUUAGAUAUUUUGAAGUAGUUAAUAAAUAAUCUGAAAAUAAAAACGUCCACCCCGACGACUGUCAACAGCUGAGGUGUUUUAAAUCGUCAUCGUCGUCUUCCUCCGCUUAUCCCAGUCCGGGUCGCGGGGGGGCAGCAUCCCAACUAGGGAGCUCCAAACCGUCCUCUCCCCGGCCACCUCCUCCAGCAGGACCCCAAGGCGUUCACGGACCAGAUUGGAGAUGUAACCUCUCCAACGUGUCCUGGGUCGACCCGGGGGGCCUCCUGCCGGCAGGAAAUGCCCGAAACACCUACCCAGGGAGGCGUCCAGGAGGCAUCCUGACCAGAUACCCAAACCACCUCAACUGACUCCUUUCGAUCCGGAGGAGCAGCGGUUCUACUGUGAGUCA